GAAAUGUCCUAUGGUUUGAAUAUUGAAAUGCACAAACAGACAGAAAUUGCUAAAAGACUGAAUACAAUUUUAGCCCAGAUCAUGCCUUUUCUGUCACAAGAGCACCAACAGCAAGUGGCACAGGCUGUUGAGCGUGCCAAGCAAGUGACAAUGACGGAGUUGAAUGCUAUCAUCGGGCAGCAGCAGCUCCAGGCCCAGCCCCUCUCCCACGCCGCCCACGGGCCCCCGGUGCAGCUGCCGCCGCAUCCCUCGGGGCUCCAGCCUCCCGGCCUCCCGCCGGUCACCGGCAGCAGCUCGGGGCUGCUGGCCCUCGGCGCCCUGGGCAGCCAGGCACACCCCGCUGUCAAAGAUGAGAAGAACCAUCAUGACCUGGACCACAGAGAGCGAGACUCAAGUGCAAAUAACUCAGUUUCACCCUCGGAAAGCCUGCGGGCCAGCGAGAAGCACCGGAGCUCCACGGACUACAGCAUUGACUCCAAGAAGCGGAAAGCAGAGGAGAAGGACAGCAUGAGCAGAUAUGACAGCGAUGGUGACAAGAGCGAUGAUCUGGUGGUCGAUGUCUCCAACGAGGACCCUGCCACCCCCCGGGUCAGCCCAGCCCACUCCCCCCCAGAGAACGGCAUCGACAAAGCCCGCGGGAUGAAGAAGGGGGACGCGCCCAACAGCCCGGCCUCGGUCGCCUCCUCCAGCAGCACUCCCUCCUCCAAGGCUAAGGAGCUGGGCCACAACGACAAAUCGUCGACGCCCGGGCUGAAGUCAAACACUCCGACGCCAAGGAAUGACGCUCCCCCCCCAGGGACAAGCAGCACCCCGGGGCUGCGGCCAAUGCCUGGCAAGCCAAGUGGCAUGGACCCCCUGGCCUCAGCCCUGCGGACGCCCAUCUCCAUCGCGGGCUCCUACCCUGGCAGAGCCUACUCCUUCCACGUGAGUGCUGACGGGCAGAUGCAGCCGGUCCCUUUUCCCCACGACGCCCUGGCUGGUCCCGGCAUCCCCCGGCACGCCCGGCAGAUCAACACGCUGAGCCACGGGGAGGUGGUGUGUGCUGUCACCAUCAGCAACCCCACCAGGCAUGUCUACACCGGGGGCAAGGGCUGUGUGAAGAUCUGGGACAUCAGCCAGCCGGGCAGCAAGAGCCCCAUCUCCCAGCUGGACUGCCUGAACAGGGAUAACUACAUCCGCUCCUGCAAGCUCCUCCCCGACGGCCGCACGCUGAUCGUGGGGGGGGAGGCCAGCACACUCACCAUCUGGGACCUGGCUUCCCCCACGCCCCGCAUCAAGGCCGAGCUCACCUCCUCUGCCCCCGCCUGCUAUGCCCUGGCCAUCAGCCCCGACGCCAAAGUCUGCUUCUCCUGCUGCAGCGACGGCAACAUCGCCGUCUGGGACCUGCACAACCAGACCCUCGUCAGGCAAUUCCAAGGCCACACAGACGGUGCCAGCUGCAUAGACAUCUCGCACGAUGGUACGAAGCUGUGGACGGGGGGUCUGGACAACACGGUGCGUUCCUGGGACCUGCGGGAAGGGCGGCAGCUCCAGCAGCACGACUUCACCUCCCAGAUCUUCUCGCUGGGGUACUGCCCGACAGGCGAGUGGCUGGCAGUGGGCAUGGAGAGCAGCAACGUGGAAGUGCUGCACCACACAAAGCCUGACAAGUACCAGCUGCACCUCCACGAGAGCUGUGUCCUCUCCCUCAAGUUCGCCUACUGUGGUAAAUGGUUCGUGAGUACUGGAAAAGACAACCUGCUCAACGCCUGGAGGACGCCCUACGGAGCGAGCAUCUUCCAGUCCAAGGAGUCCUCGUCCGUCUUAAGUUGUGACAUUUCAGCGGAUGACAAGUACAUCGUCACGGGCUCUGGUGACAAGAAAGCCACAGUCUACGAGGUCAUCUACUAACAGCGGAUCGUGUCGCAGGGCUGGCGGCUCCCGGCACCCGCGGGACUGGGCUGCCCUGGGGGGGCUGCCCUGGGGGG